CCAACAACCCACGAGCCCAAAACAAGAGCAUCUUGAUAACGAGAACAACCCGAUAUAGUAAUGAAACCCCGGAUCGGUCUCACCCUCCCCGCAUGCCCCCCUGCCCGCAAGCCAGGGCUACACAACCGGAGAUCUCCUCCACGAGGAAAGCCGGCCAAUCAGGGGAGCCGGCUGCCACGUGGUAUGACAUUUGCCACGAUAGAUUGAUGACGGACGUUAAGCCGCUUUGAGGCCGGGUGCUGUACGAGGCUAAGUUGGCGCCAGGGAUGAUAGGGAGUACUAGUACCGGUACUCUAGUAAAUUACCCCACCGAAGAAUGCUCCAUCGGCCAGGGCGAAUCCCGAACGACGCUUUGUUCCUUUCCAUCGUGACGACGGCUGCUUGGACUUCUCUCCGACACUUUGGAACUUGUGUGGAUCGGGAAUUGAGUCGGAUAUGGGUCUUGGCGCUUUUUCGGAGGAUUUUUGUGUGUGUGGUAAAUAGGAAUGAGUUGGCUCGUGUCCUUUUUUUAAAAAAAAACUUUUUUAAGUUUGGUAUCGUGUACCGAGGCGAGCGAAGGAUCUUUGAUAACCAGUGGGUACGGUGAAAUGUUUGGAGGAGGGGACUAGGCUAUGCUAUCAAUUUUUUACGACCCUCUUACAGCUUCUGAAUGGGGGGGUGUGCUCGGGUAUUGGAAGGAAAACCGUGCAGUAUCGCAGCGUGGUUUGGGUACUAGUACU